AUGAGCUCUACCUUCACCAUGUCCCUCCCUCUCCUCUUCUCCAUCAAUUUGCUCAUCAGCAUCUCACACAUCAGCGAAGCGGCACCUGUUUUUAUCGACAACUAUUGCCCCGACACCAAACCCUUUCUUCCUAAUUCCACCUACCAAACAAACCUCGACAUUCUCCUCUCAUCACUUUCCUCCAUGGCCGAGUCCGCCAGCAACAACAUCAGCAGCAGUGGCGGGUUCAGCAACGCCACUGGUGGCAGAUACCCGCCAGACCAGACCUACGGGAUCUUCCUCUGCCGUGGUGACAUCGACGCCUCGACAUGCAGCAACUGCGUAGCCACCGCAGCCCAAGAUAUUGGCUGGCGAUGCCCCGGCAAAAGAAUCUCCAUCAUUUGGUACGACAUAUGCAUGCUAAGGUACUCGGAUCAGCCCAUUUACUCGGUCAUGCAACAACUCCCUGCGGCGAAGCAGGUGAACGGUUUGAACGUCACAGAGGACCCAUCAGGGUUCUUUCAACUCCUGAAUGAAACCAUGGACGAUGUACUGCGGAGGGCCCCGAGCAGUGGAUCGGGGAAGAAAGUGGCCGCCGCAGAGGCUGAGCUCGUGGGCUCGCAACGGCUGUACACGCUCGCGGAGUGCACGCCCGAUUUGACCGCAUCGGACUGCGGCACAUGCCUCCGAUCGGCGAUAGCUCGUCUCCCUCUGGAAACGCCAGGAGGAAAGGUAUUUACUCCGAGCUGCAACGUGAGGUUUGAGGUCUACUCCUUUUACGAUCCCGACUUGGUGACUGUGGUGACGGUGGCAGCGCCACCACCGGUCCGGCUUCUUUCUCCUCCUGCUCAGGUGACUGCACCUGAAGCUGAGUUUCCACGAUAA